ACAUCCGCCUGGUUUUCCACGUUUGAAAAAACGGCUGUUGUUCUGGACUGAGAUAUGAUCUCUUCGAAAAACGCAAACUUUGAGUGAUACAUUAUUUAUUAGGCACAUUUUCCCGGUGUGGUGAUUUAAUCUUGGAUGGAUUCAAGUGUGAAGGUUUUAGAUAUUAUGUGUUUUGUGCUGUGAUGUUUUAAUUGAUUGCUGAAAUGGCUUCGCUAAUGGAUACAUUUCUCCCGGUUCUGCUUACCCUCUUCGCUUUGUUUACUUUCAUAAAUGGCCAAUACCGAUCUCCCCGUAUCACAGAACACCCAUCAGAUAUAAUCGUGGCGAAGAAUGAACCAGUUACCCUGAAUUGUAAGGCGGAGGGCAGGCCGGAGCCAACAAUAGAAUGGUUUAAGGAUGGUGAACUCGUACGGACUUCACCGACCGACAACAAAUCUCAUCGGGUCCUUCUGCCGGCGGGAUCGCUCUUUUUUCUCAGAACGAUGAACAGUAAAAAGGAGCAAGAUGCGGGCGUUUAUUGGUGCAUCGCCAAGAACGUCGCCGGUACCGCCACCAGCAGAAAUGCUACCCUGCAAGUCGCAGUUCUCAGGGAUGAAUUCAAAGUUAUGCCCUCUGAUACGCGAGUAGCGGCGGGGGAAACGGCUCUCCUACAAUGCGGAGCACCUCGGGGCCAUCCUGAGCCUAAUUUGAUAUGGAAGAAGGACGGGAAGGAGAUGGAUAUCGACGGAAGAAGAAUACGCAUUGUAGAUAGCGGGAAUUUGAUGAUUUCUGAUGUGCGACAGCAUGAUGAAGGUCGCUAUCAGUGCGUUGCUCAUAAUUUGGUUGGGUCUAGGGAAACGCCACCUGCCACUCUCACCGUUCACGUAAAACCAAUAUUCAACAAAGAACCCCAAGACGUCGUGGCAUUGUCUGGCCAGAAAGUAGUAUUCGAAUGUUCCGUCGAUGGAGAUCCGACACCGAAUGUUUUAUGGAGGAGAGAAGAUGGAAAAAUGCCAAUCGGUCGCGCAAGGAUACUGGACGAUAAAUCAUUACUGAUAGAUAAUGUCCAAACUUCGGAUGAGGGGCUUUAUAUUUGUGAUGCAGAAAAUUUGGUCGGAAGCAUUUCCGCUAGAGCUUCUCUAGUCGUUAACUCACCGCCGACAUUCAUCGAACGUCCACGCGAUCAAAAGGUCAGCUUAAACGGCGUUGUCGAGUUCCACUGUUCAGCGACUGGUAAUCCUCCACCUUCCGUGUUCUGGAGCAAAGAAGGAUCGCAGAUACUUAUGUUCUCUGACAACUCGAAUGGACAUAUGCACGUUAACGCCCACGGAACGUUGCGGAUUCAGGGGGUUCAGAGGGAAGACGCUGGGUUCCUAGUAUGCAACGCUCUUAGUGUGGCCGGAUCGAACAGCGUUCGCGCCUUUCUGCAGGUAACCUCAGUUGCGGAUUUACCGCCGCCCAUAAUUCAAAUUGGACCAGCCAAUCAGACCUUGCCAUUACACAGCGUGGUAACGCUGCACUGCAAAGCUUCCAGUCCGGAAGGGGAUCCGCCGCAGAUCCGAUGGCUGAAGGAUGGCAGGACGUUGCAGAGAGACAUUUUACCAAGCAGAUAUACCUUAAGUUCCAGCGGGACUCUAGAUAUAGAUGAUUUACGUCUAGACGAUUCAGGCUUGUAUACCUGCUCGGCAGUAUCUGAAAGCGGAGAGAGUUCCUGGUCUGCGUCCCUUAACGUCGUGGAGGGAUCCUCGACGUCCCUCCACCGAAGCCCUGAUCCGUCCACUUUUCCAAAAGCACCCAAUGCACCCCGCGUAUUAAACGCCACAGAAUCCAGCAUCAGCCUUUCAUGGGAUAGCGACGAAGACGAAGAAAAUGGAUUGGUGGGGUACACUGUAGAGUACUGGAGUCCUGAUCUACAAACAGGAUGGGUGAUUGCAGCUCAUCGGGUCCAAACGCCCUACAUGGUGGUUCACGAACUAAAACCGGACAGUUCCUACGUUUUUAUUGUGAGGGCGGAGAAUGCUCACGGUCUGUCAUCUGCUAGUGUGGUGUCGGGCACUGCUCGUACUUUAGCUAAUUCACGAUCACUUCCCGGCUCGGAACUUGACACAGCGCGGACAAUUCUGAGCACCAAACUUAUGGAGUUAAAAGAUGCUAAACCGCAAUCCUCUAGUUCAGUUAAGCUGGUGUGGACCUUAACAGACAACGAUUACGUUGAAGGCUUUUACAUAAGGUUUAGAGAAUUGUCUGGUGGAUCACACAACUACAACAUACUGACGGUUUUAGAUGUCGACUCGAAAAGCUAUACGGUGAUAAACCUCAAAAAAUUUACGAAAUACGAGUUCUUUAUAUCGCCAUUUUACAAGUCCGUGGAAGGGCAACCCUCUAACUCCAGAAUUACCCAAACCUUGGAAGACGUUCCCUCUGCACCACCAGAAACCGUGACGGCUGGGGUCUUUAACGACACUGCUGGAUGGGUAAGAUGGUCUCCCCCUCCACCACAGCACUGUAAUGGAGUCAUCAUUGGGUACAAGAUUCAAAUUAAAGGUAACGUCAUCCGAACCAUGACGAUGAAUGCUACUACAACUUCAAUAUUAAUAAGCAACCUGACAUCUGGCGGCCUGUACAACGCGAGGGUGGCAGCUUUGACUGUAGCGGGACAAGGACCUUACUCGAAUAGUGUUCCUUUGUUGACAGCUCCAAGAGCGCAAAGUCCUAGAACUUUAGGACCCUUGGUACCACUAGUACGACAAACUUGGUUCGUGAUUCUCUUGGCCGUUUUGGUGCUUCUGCUCCUUGCCGGAACUGGAGGUCUGCUCUAUAUGAAGAGAAGGCAAUCCUUGAGCAAACAAUUGGGACACUUAAACGUACCAGUUGUGAACGCCUCUCAGUUGAACGCUAAAGAAAGUCUUUGGAUCGACAGAGGAUGGAAAGCUACAGACUGUGAUAAAGACUCAUCUAUACCAUUGUCCCAACCUGCGGACUACGCCGAAGUCGACACCAAAAGUUUGUCCACUUUUUAUAACUGUAAAAAGUUGGAAAGUCCCACUCCCUACGCGACCACGAUGCUUUUACCUCCUCCGAAUUGGUCUGAAAUAAUCCCCCCGCCGCCAGAUCACCCCCCACCAGAUUGCCCUCGAGAAAAUCCCCCAGCCCCACCACCUAGAGGUGGGGGUAGCAGUUGCAGCAGUGGCGGGUACGGAUGCUACGCGGUGCACAUUCCCCCUCAAUGCAAUAAAGUCAUUCAAUAUCCCAGAGCUCGAUCUUGCAACAACUGCGACGCUCACUGUUCUCUUGCAAGUGGAAGUUCUGGACACAGGUCUAAUAGAGGACAUUGCAAUAAUAUUCCCCACAGUUGUGAUAAACCGUGGUUCAGUCAGCACAACUGGGAAGAUGGUGAUGCUGAUUGUGAGACUGACAUACAUUCCUGCACGAGUAGUCACGACACUACCUGUUCCUGUAGUGAGUCCUCCUGCCUUUACGCGGAAGCUGGUCCAUCGAAUAAUCCUAGGCCUAUACCUCAUUGUCAACAGAUGAGUAAACAUGUGAAGUAAUUUUAGUUGACGUAAAUUUUUAGUGAUUUGGAAACAGAGUUACAUAUCUGUGGAUUAAC